AUGGUACAAAUGACUGUGCAAAGCUACAGGAGGUCCCUGCAAGAGUUUUCAGAAAGUCCAUUUAUGUCAAGAUGCAAGAAUCUUAGCUCUUCCCAUUCACUCAGUGAUGUACCCCAGAGCAUCACUGAAUGGCUGACAUUCUGGGAAAAGGAUCCGGUGGAGAUUCUGCUUGAUUUGGGGUUUGGUACAGAAGAACCUGAUGUCUGCACUAGAAUCCCUCCUCGUUUCCUGAGUGGUGCUUCUGUAGCAAAAGGGAUUAAUAUCCGAGUCUUUUUGGAAGCUCAGAAGCAGCGGAUGGACGUUGAGAGGCCAAACCUAUAUGAGCGUUUUCAACAGCUGGAAGUACUUGACCACGUAACCAGUGCCCUUUCAUCUUUGCUGACUGAUGUCAACAGCCAACAGACCAAAGCACAGGGCACUGACAGGGAUGAGAGCAGUCUCCAGGAUGCUGCAAAGAGCAGGCUUGCAGUCACACGAGCAAAGCAGAGAAGAAUCGGUCAGCUCCUGAAGAGGGCUUCUAAGCAGACAGUGCUGCUGAAACAGGACUCACUGGCACCUGGGGAAGUAAACUUGUCCAGAGGGAAAGAGCAACCAUAUCCUUGUGUAGGUAUUGUUGAGAGGGGAGCAGUCCAGGCAGGUUUUUCUGCUCGUGUUACAUUGGACUGCCUCACUCAGGAGCAAACCCUCAGAGAGAAAGGUUCCUCAGCAAGUCCCACAUCCCAGCAUGCGCUGACUCCACUGGGGAAAGCCUGGAAUUCAUCACUCCUAGCUGCAAACCAGCCUCUUCUUUCUCCUGUGUGUGAGGUGCCUGCCAAAGACAGACCAAGAAAGGAGUCACCUUUGCUUGUGGCCCACACACUCAAAAAAGUGGUUGAUCUAAACUGCAAGCUGCCAAACUCAUUUGAAAUGGAAGAGAUUCAGACUUUUGAGGAUGAAACUCGAACUGGAAAUGCUACUGACAUCACUUCAGGAGAGGUGAUGGUGACAAGAACAAGCAGCUGCCAGUCAGACAGCAGUGGAUUCAUGGAAGAGCUUCCAGAACCUGCAGUUUUACAAAAUACAUCUUUGUCAGGAGAUACUAAUUUUCUUUCUGAUAUCUACAAUCAAGAAGUGCCUCCACCACAUAGAUCAGUUUUUCCUAUGUUAAAUCAAGAUUUUCAACAAAAGCCAGACCACUGUGUUGCUAAGGUCUUCACCACAGCUUGCAAGACAAUUUUGACAGUACCUAGAUCAAUGAAAGCAUGCAGUGACCAAGGAGAAGAGACUCUACUGCUGCUGUCUGCAGAAAAUGGCAAGUAUAGGGCAAGUGAUGCUGAGCCACAGGCUUUUGUCCAAGAACUAUCACAUGCUAUGGAGAAGAAAGAGGAUACAACUGAAUGGAAGCAACUUGAAAAACCAGGGUUCAGGAAAGAGCAUAGUCCAUGUUUUCAGUGUGAUACUCAGGAUAAAGAGGAUUCCAGCUCCUCCAUGUUUGAUUAUAAUUUAUAUUUUACUGCAGAACACAAAAAGCUAAAUGUAACCUUCUCUGAACUGAGUGAUUUAAGCUCUGCAGUCAUCACUGAGAACAAAAUCAGAGGUGAAGAUGAAGGUGAGACAUGCUGGACCGAAAGUGACAUUGUCAUUUCAUGUUCUGAAAGUGCCCAUGGAAGGCAUACUGAACCAUGUUGGGGUGUGGAAGUGGUCAGUAAAGAUGGUACCCCACUUGAAAUGGAUGAGGUGACAAAGGAGCAGAAGUUCUGCAAAAUGGAUACUGAUUCAAAAAAUACAAAAUGCUUCCCCAAAAUGUGGCUUCCAGAAACUCCACAGUGGAGUUCUGCAGUGCAAACCAGGAGCAGUGCAGCUCUGAGAUGUCCUCUGCAAGUAUCUCAGAGGCAUCCUUCCUGCCUAGGGGAAGGGGCUGGAUUAAAUUCCUCUGAAGAUCAAAAUACUGGUAGCAUGGGGAAGAUAUUAGAUGCUAACAAAUCAGAACAGGGAGACACUGUCCAAAAUGGUGACAUGCUUUCUGCUCCUCUGAAAUCUGUUACUGUUCAGAUGUCUUCAGGGCUGGAAUUUACUUCAAGACUGAGGGGCACAGGGCAAAAUGCUCCUCUCAGUGAGACUCUUGCUAGGGAAGACCCUGUGGACAUCUCUGACAUGAUAGCACACUUUUCUGAGGAUGGUCCUCUCACACGGUCAGACCUAGAGGCUUCAAAGAAUGAUGUGAAGCAGACCACUGAAGCUUCCAGCCAAACUGGCAUCCCUGCCAGGAAACCCAGGCAGCCAUUACUGCUUAGUCCAUCCCAUAUUCACUUGAAAAAAUCAGCCUCUCUUGACAGCAUGCUUUGUGGAAAAUGCAGGUCACACUGCUGGGGUGAAACCUCUGGUGCCAGCGGUGUGCAGGAAAUUCACUGCUGUCACUGCUGCUGCUGCCACAGCUGCUGCCCAUGGACCUUCCCUGUAGCUGUCUCUGCCCAACACCCUGCAGGUGGCUGCUCAAAUCAUGCUGUCACUGAGCUGCAGCUCUUGAAAAUGCUGAUGCUCCUGCAGGACACUGCAACACAUAAUCUUGCUGCGUGUCCCCUUCGUGAAAUAGAAGCGAUGAAGAGCUCCUGCCAGCACUUCCAGGAGAAGCUGGAUGAGAUUGAACAGCACAUGACUGAACAGCUGGAGCUAUUUUCUGGUGUUAUGCCAGAUGAGGGAAGGGAGGAAGGCAGACACCUGCAACUCUUACGGCAAGCUGUUCGUCAGGAGGUUGCAGAGCUGGCAUUUCAGCUGAAUGAUGGAGUUCGCCACGUCAGGGAGAGCAUCCUUAUGCAGCUGGACCAAUUACUAGCAGAACAAUCCCAUCUGUUUUCUGAGCUUGGACUCUCUGAUUGGAAGGGAGAAAGAAAAGCCCAGAAUAAACAAGCAUUUCCAGAUGCUGCUGACACUGCACAUCCUCAGUGUGGGCACUUGAAACCGGUGCCCCAAAGAGUUCCUAGCAAAACCAUGACAGUAGCAGGCUGUCUGUCUGCACCAUGCUUGGGGGCACCCUCGAGGCAGUUUCCUACCAGGACAACACCUGAGCCAAACUCACCCAAGUUUUGCCAUGGGAGCUCUUCACCAGCAAAAAGGAAAUAA